AUGGACAACCAAGAAAAAAUUAUGAAAAAAUUAUCAGAAUUCUUUGUACUGUUGGAAGUAUCACUACGUAAUCGAGAGCCAUUCGUUACUACGUUGAGUCAAUCUCAAGCUACAUAUAUAAGACUCAUACCCCGCAAAUCCAGAUCAUUGGAGGGCAAAAGACAUGUUAAAACAGCUCCAGUGCGUUUGAUUCGAGCUCAAGAAGAUUAUCAUAAGUCUCACCCAGAUACUGUGUUCUGCGUCGUUUCCAUCCGAAGACUGGAAUGUCUUGCAUCUCUGCUUGGAGAUGAUUCAGCUUUUAUAUCUCAGGACGACAAAGCAAGGGUACCAAUCGGCCUAACUGCUGCUAACAAGCAAGCACCUUUCAUGAUGCAUAUGGACUUCGUUGUCGGACCCGGACACAAGUUGAUCCCAAGUGUCUAUGCCGGAUGCCGGGUUAAUGAAACAAAGCCGAUUGGCCAGCCUGACGGAGUGUCCUAUAGCGGCCCAACAUACAUAGCAAUUAAUAGUGGAAAACACUCGUCUUCAACUGCAGCAACACACGCCCAAGACUUCGAGAGAUUAUUGACUCUUGACAACUUUAAGAGUAUUUUGAAAACACCCUCGGGUGUGGUGAAGCCAGUGCUGAUUUUCACUUUUGACGGAGGUCCUGACGAAAAUCCCCGUUACCAAAAAGUCAUUGCCUACGCUGUGCGACAUUUUUUGGACCACAAUUUGGACUAUAUUGCAAUAGCAUGCAAUGCACCUGGACGCAGUGCGUUUAACCGUGUUGAAAGGAGAAUGGCACCACUCAGUCACCAGCUUGCAGGAAUAAUAAUACCACACGAUAAAUUUGGUAGUCAUCUCGAUACCCAGCGGCGCACUACAGACGUCGAUUUAGAGAAAAAGAAUUUUAAAUGUGCUGGGGAAACGCUUGCUAGCGUUUGGAACGAGAUGGUCAUAGACGGGGAAAGCGUAGUGGCAGAGUAUAUCUGUCCAGAUAAACCAGAUCCGGAGAUUGGCAGCCAUCCUGGACCUGAAUGGUACACUAAGCACGUUAUGGAGUCUCAAUAUAUGUUACAGAUUUCCAAAUGCUCAGAUCUGGCUUGCUGCACAAUGUCACGUAGCAAAUUACGCAAGAUCCUCCCUGAUGGAUUUAUGCCGCCACCCCUGCUGCUUACAUCAAAUCUGGAAGCAGCGCCUUUCAGUUAG